CUCUGACGAACCUCAUCUUUUUCUCACCUGCGAACAAAGAAGACCGUCUUGGUCACUGCACGGUCUGCACUGCGACCUAUUAACGGUGCCUCAAUAUGCUUGUUGAGUAUGGGCGAGUGUUUCGCCCUGUUCUAGAUCGGCUCAUUACUGAUCUGCACAUUCACAAGCCAUCUUCUUGCUAAGGCUGUGCCUUGUUCUCACCAACCUGUCAUAUUCAACCACUUCCUUACCUGCUUGGUUCAGACACAGUUCUGUGCAUUCUUUGUCGCUUGCACCAUGGCGGCGUCAUUCUUCAGCGCUCCCUUCCGCUUUUUAAGCAAGUUCACGCCCUUGAGAUCCUCGGCCUCGCCGUCAGACAACUCGACAUUGGUUGCAGCUGACAACGCUAGAUCCGGCCAGUCCAAACACGACAGCAUAGACACAAUAAGAGGCACACAGAUGUCCAUAAGUUCCAGCAACAAGAAGCGAAAGGCAGUCGACGAUGAGAUCGAUGAACCAGUGAGAAAGCGAGUGCUGACCGCAACCGGAAACAGCGACGCACAUUGCAGUGAGGAGGCGGUCAAUUCACCCGUCAAGUCAUUCCAAGCAAGCCCUCAAAUCAGCAAUGACCGAGUGCUGAUGCCACCACCUCGAGCACAUGCAGGUCACAAGAGCAAGAUACCUCAGAAUCCAUUGAUUACCUCGAUCACACCAGCCAUCAGACCUACUGUACGAGACGACGACGACGACGGCGCCUCUUUAACAUCGCUUGCAAAAGGAAGGGCUGAGGACAUGGAGGGUGUCAUGGAAGAAAGACGCAGAUACAUCGCCAGCAUCCAACUGCCACCUAAUUCGGGCAUUUGGUCACAAACCGAGAAAGACCUCUUCUUCCACCUGGCGUACCGCGGCUUCGAGCCUCUCCUCCCUCAGAGCUGGAUGCUUGAUUUUGGAACGCUCCCAAUCAGCGUGUUUGCUCACGAAAACACCACAGUCGCGCCACUGAUCCAUCACAUAAGAGACAAGCAGUUUCGAGCUGCUCGUGCACUUCGUCAACUAUUCGAGGCUGGCCACGAGGCAAGAGACAGGUCUUACGUGAGCCCCGGCGCUCAGCGUGAAAAGAUGCUCGAAAGAGCACUCAAGAGAUAUCUGUACUGGGCCUUGACUGACAUGGGACUUCGACCGAAAUCGGAUCCCAACUACAUCCCUGUACACACGCUCACGAGAAGGCGACGAGGGCGAACAACCUUUCAAACACUUGAGCAUAUGGCCCAGAAAUUGCAAAGACUUUCAGAGAGGCACCACCACGCGAGGAAUGUGCAACCAAGCAUCGAGCUUCACUCUCUCAGUCUCGCCGACGACGAUAACACCAGAAUCAUGGAAGACGACGAUUCCCUGCCAACGCUGAUUGGUCUUGUCUUGAUUUCUUCUGUCGUUGCAGUCGUCACGUUGAGCCCUUACGUUCAAUCUAAAACUACACAAUCCCCCUCAAUUCGUCAAACGGUCUCCCCUCCGUUCUCCGACCGGGAUGCUCAAACAGGUCCACCACUUUCGAGCAGCGAAGCCACGGACCGACUCCGCAUCAUCGCCGAGUUCGACUUCAGCCUGAAAGAUCAAGAUGUCUGGAACGCGCUCGGGGUCGCCAUCGUGGCCAUGCAGAUCCGGAAAGAGGCACUCAGGGCAAACUCGUCAUUUGUCUACGACGACAUGGAAAUGUUAGGUUCGGAAGUUGGAUCGAUCGCAGGAUCGAGGCUCUCCGUUGACCUCGAAAGUCUGUACGAGGGCUCGACGACCCGAUCAGUUCUGGAAGAUGACCCCGAUCUUUGACAUUGGAAUUGCAGUGCGAGGUCGAGGAAGGAUCAAGGAGCAGGCAAACAGAGGAGAAAAAAACGGGUUGGAGUAAUGGUAGUGUUUGUUCUUGAUUGACCAACACACGCAACAACACAAAUGUAUCGAGUUUUGUUGGAAGGGCCAAAUUACUCCCAAUGAAAGAAAUGCAGGACAGAUUGAAAAAAAAUAAAGGCGGUAACGGUUGGGCGACGACACCUGCUUUUUUCCCUUUUGUUUGAAUCCCAAUAUUGAGCAUUGUGAAUCCCAAGAUACCAUUGAAU